AUGAACGCCUCCCUGGACGGCGGCGGCCCCGGCCCCGGCCCCAGCAACGGGAGCAGCGGGGGCGGCGGGCGGCCCUUCUGCCUGCUGUCCGCCGGCUACCCGGAGAGCCUGGAUGUCUGCCUGCUGGAGGCGAUCGUGGUGGUCUUCCUGACCGUGCUCAUCAUCUCGGGCAACCUGGUCGUCAUCCUUGUCUUCCACUGCGCGCCGCUGCUCAACCACCACACCACCAGCUACUUCAUCCAGACCAUGGCCUACGCUGACCUGCUGGUCGGGGUGAGCUGCCUGGUGCCCUCGCUCUCCCUGCUGCGCCACCCCAUCGCCUUCCUGCCCGAGUCGCUGGUCUGCAAGGUCUUCGGCUACGUGGUCUCGGUGCUGAAGAGUGUCUCCAUGGCCUCGCUGGCCUGCAUCAGCCUGGACCGCUACCUUGCCAUCACCAAGCCCCUCACCUACAGCACCCUGGUCACCCCCUGCCGCCUGCGCGCCUGCAUCCUGCUGCUCUGGCUGUACUCGGGCGCCGUCUUCCUGCCCGCCUUCUUCGAGUGGGGGAAGCCCGGCUACCACGGGGACGUCUUCCAGUGGUGCGCUGACUCCUGGGACACCCGGGCUGUCUUCACCCUGUUCGUCGUGGUCAUGCUGUACGCGCCAGCCGCCUUCGUCGUCUGCUUCACCUACGUUAGCAUCUUCCGCAUCUGCCAGCAGCAUACCCGGGAGAUCAACGAGCGGCGGGUGCGCUUCAGCUCCCAGGAAGGGGAGGCCGCCGAGGCGCAGCCCUGCCCGGACAAGCGCUAUGCCAUGGUUCUCCUGCGCAUCACCAGCGUCUUCUACAUCCUGUGGCUGCCCUACAUCAUCUACUUCCUCCUGGAGAGCUCCUCUGUCUACCACAGCCGCCUGGCCUCCUUCUUGACCACCUGGCUGGCCAUCAGCAACAGCUUUUGCAACUGUGUUAUCUACAGCUUGUCCAACAGUGUCUUUCAGAAAGGGUUGAAGCACCUCUCGGGCGCCCUUUGCACGCCUUGCGCCAGGCACCGGGCAGCCAAGGAGUCCUCCGCCUCCCGGAGCAAAAGGCCUUCCAACGGGUGCCACGCCUGACGCGC